CGAGCGGGUCGGCCUCUGAUGUUAACAAGAAGGAGAUGGCUCAGAAGACGUAAUUAAGGAUCCACCUGCAAGUGCGACUGUUGAUGACUUAGGCAGCUUGAGCCCAUUAAUGGAGAAUAAACCCAGAAUCCAGGAUGAUACCGAUUCUUCAUCCCAAACCAAGAAGACGGUCAGUUCAUCUUCCUCGCCAACAGCAUCAGCAAGUUGCAGCGGCAAAGACCAGCAGCCUUCCGGAUCGGGUCAGAGAACCCUCCUCUACAAGAAGAGCUUAACCCAUGACGAUGUCUCCUACUGCAGGCUCAUGAUUCCACUAGAAUCUUGUAAGGGAUUUCUCGCUGAACCAGAGAUAGUUGACGGAAAAUACGAGACCAUAAUAAUGAUAAUUAUGGACCAUGAGGGAACAAUGUGGGAGAUGGAGGCUUCGUUCGACGAGCUGAGCAGCUCCUACAUGCUUUGGUUGAACUGGGACAAAUAUUUGAAGAAAUACGAAUUGGAGGCCGGGGAUGUGAUUUUCUUAUAUCAGGAUCCUAGUAUUCCCACUGUUAGCCACUACUUGAUUGAAUAUGAAAAAAGGGGCCGAGAGAGCAAUCCCAAGAAGACAAGUACUUGA